GGGAAAAUCACCAAAUUGGCCACUGCAACGCCGUCUUUGCGAAAAUGGCCACCGGACACCCCUUGCCGAGCCGUUUCAAUAUCCUGAAACGGCACAGGAAUUUUUUUUAACGGCCAUCCACUCUCCGUUUGACACGUGUCCGACAAUCCAUGUAACGGCUUGAGAAGCAAGCAGUGAACGACACGUGGCUGGUAAUGUGGAAAGAUCUUAGCCAAGCCGUUACAACCGGCUCAUGUGGAAAGAUCUUAGCCAUGUUCCUUCAACGAGCCAAGCCACGUUCUUACGAGGUAGCCAAGCCGUUACCGUACGAUCUAGCCAAGCCGUUACAGCUGUCAUCCGAGCCGUUUCCGUAAACUGCUUGUGCCGUUUUAGCUGGCUCCAAGCCGUUUUAGCUGGCUCCAAGCCGUUACAGAUGGCUCGGGCCGUUUCAACAUACGGUUCGAGCCGUUUCAGCUGGCUCAGGCCGUUUCAAUCCUUUAUAUUUAGUGAGUGGCCGUUAUAAAUUUUUUCCUAUAUUUUUUUUAUUUGUUUGUGCAACAGAUUUGUUUAAAGUUAUAAAAACAUUUAGCAUUUUGUAAAAGGAAGUUUCCAACUUAAAAUUAUGAAGAUUCGUUUGGUUGUAUACAAUGGCGGAAAGUGGGAAAUCGUUAACGGAAAGUUGGAGUAUGUUGCUGAUGCUGAUUCAAGUAGACGUGGUUUAGAAAUUGAACCCAACCUUUCAUACACUGCUCUUCUAAGUAAAGUGUCAAACAUUUGUAGUUCUACAAACAUUACGAAGUUAUCUUAUCGGUUGUCUUCCUUUAGUGAUCCCAUAGAUAUAAUAAACGAUGAAGAUCUUGCAUUUUUUUAUAAUUUUUCUAUGGAAAAUAUUUUUGAAAUUUAUAAAUUAUAUGUGAUUGAAGGGUUUGGUGUUGGAUCAUCUAGUUUUUCAACUCCAAAAAAAUUUUUAGUUCCUGAUUUAAAUUUUUGUGCUGAUGAAGAAAAUUAUGACGUUGUAAACGACUCCCAACCAAAUCCUGAUAAUUCUUUUGAAAAUUGUUCGCGAUCUUCAUCAAUUACUUUUGAACCAGGUCACGUAUUUAAUAACAAAGAAGACAUGAAACUUGAAUUGGGAAAAAAUGUUUGUUAGAACACUUUGAGUUUAAAGUAGAUAGAUCCUCUAAAAGUCGGUACCAGGUGUCAUGUUUGGUCAACGGUUGCGGUUGGCGUUUCCGUGCAAGGAGUUUUGGAGAUAGUGGGGUGUUUUUUGUUAAGAGUUUUAACGAUAAACACACGUGCUCGAAGACGCUAACGUACCCACAUGUUCGUCAGGCAAACCCAAAUGUUGUUGCUCAUUAUUUAAAAGAACCUUUAAAAGACAGUGGAAGAAUAUAUCGUUGUAAAGAAAUAGUGAAAGAUUUUAGACAAAGAUUCCAAGUUGAGAUAACCACUAGUCAAGCUUGGCGUGGAAAAAGUCUGGCACUAGAGCUUUUACAAGGAUCAAGCAGAGACUCGUUCGCAGAACUACCACUUUACUGUUACAAUCUAGAGCGGGCAAAUCCUGGUUCUGUUACACAUAUCAAGACUGAUGACGAGCGUCGGUUUGAGAUGGUCUUUGUCGCGAUUGGUGCUGCGAUUCGUACCUUUAUAUGCAAUUUAAGACCGGUGGUGAUCAUUGAUGCUGCACACCUAAAGGGUGAAUUUAAAGGGACAUUAUUUUUAGCGGUUGGGAUGGAUGGAAACAACCAAAUUUUACCAAUUUCCUAUGGAAUAGGAAAAUCAGAGGAUGGUGAAUCUUGGACAUGGUUUCUGUCAAAGCUUAAAGAAUGUAUCGGUGAAAUACCUGAAAUGGCCAUAAUUUCGGAUAGAGCGAAUUCUAUACAUCUGGCUGUUAGAAACGUCUUUCCACAUGUUUAUCAUGGGUUAUGCUGUCGUCAUUUAAUGAUGAACCUACGUUUACCCUCUGAUAAAAAAAAAAGAAAAUGAGAAGUCGUGGUGGAAGAC